AUGUCUGAGCUUUGGGAGAUCAUGAUCUAUCAGGUGAAAUUCCGUUACGAUUAUCCUUCGGAUAGUGAUUAUACCGUUUCUACUCCUGAUCCUUCUACAGAAUUUGAUGAUGAUGAUGUUACCGGAUAG